CGCGUCACUGGGCAACGCGGCGGUGAGACUGCGGUGACCGGAACAAAUAUCAAAGCUAGCCAUGUAGCAACCAACAUUUUCAACUUUUUCUGACUUUUCUGUGCAAUGAACAAACUUUUUUUUUUUUAAUUGUGGUAAAUAAAGAAGUUUGUUACGGAACUGAAGAGUCUCUCUGGACACUCGCAUGAAGCUCCAUUUGUUGUGAGUCCAAAAGAUUUCCAUGUCUGUUCUGUUAGCUUCCAUGUGCGUUUGUAUAGUGUACAAUUCUCUUAAAGACCGCUACUGUGGAUGUCCCAGUUGAAUGGUCUCGCUGGAAAUGAGAGGAUUCGUCUGAGAAGCAUUUAAGCACUGUGUGCCAGGAACACAUCAUGUCAGAAGACAAAAACUGCAAACUGCGCCAGCCAUCCAAUAAAAAUAAGAUAAAAAAGAAAAGUAAAAAAGCCACUGCUUCUACUCCUCCUCCAGAAAAUACAGAGAAACCUCAGGCUGUAUCUUUGCCUCCUGAGUCUUUACCAGUGUCCCUGCUGCCCCUUCAAAGUCUGAGUCACCUCCGAGCCAAGCUACCCAAACGCAGAGCUACCAGUAAGAAGGAUGGAAAACGACUCGUUGGCAGUGGCCAGAGGAACACAAAACACUCCAAGGAUUCACUAGCCCUGCUGACAGCAACAGACACGACCAGCGACCAUGGAGCUCUGGCGCAGGGAUCUAUGGCAGAGCUCAGCACCCAGGUCACGGAGAGCCUGAGGUGGGAGGGAAUGCUGGAGGAUCCCCAGGCUGAGGAGAAGAGGCUGGGGCAGUACAGGGUCAACAGGCGGCAGCGUUACAUCACACACAGAGAGUCACUGUUAAAAGAAACCCAGGAUGCCAUGAGAGAGACUUUUCCUACAUAGUGCUGAGAAAAAGGCUGUGAUUGGAUCUGAGCAGCAGGCGACUGCAUCAUUACUGCACCUGAGCACAGACUGAAUUAAAGAAACAAAUGAGAACCUUAUACUGGUAGUCAUCUCAGGCUAUAUCUUCACAGUUUAAAACAGAUGUAGCCACUGUGAGGCACCAAGUGAAGCUUCUCAGGUGACAUAAGAUGUUGGACUGAUGAUAAACUGAGCAACAUCCUUUAAAGCACAUGACAGAAAUGUUUUCUUUGCCAGAUACAAAGUACAGUGGGUACGGAAAGUAUUCA